AUGUCGGAGCAGCAGAGUGCCCCGGAGCAGCUGGCUGCUGGGAAGAGCCAGGGUGGGGCUGGAGCCUCAUAUAAGGUGGUGCUGUUUGAGUUUGAGAACUUCCAGGGCUGCAAGGCGGAGUUUUCUGGAGACUGUAAAGAUGUGACAGAGAAGGGACUGGAGAAGGUUGGAUCUGUGAUAGUUGAGUCCGGACCCUGGGUGGGUUAUGAUCGCCACGGGUUCACAGGGGAGCAGUUUAUUCUGGAGAAGGGCGAGUAUCCACGCUGGGACACCUGGACCAACAGUCAGAACAGCUACUCCCUCUUGUCUCUAAGGCCACUCAAAGUGGACGGUGCUGAUCACAAGCUACACCUCUAUGAGAACCCUGGAUUUACUGGUAGAAAGAUGGAGAUUGUUGAUGAUGAUGUGCCCAGUUUGUGGGGUCAUGGUUUUCAGGAUCGUGUAGCGAGUGUCAAGGCUCUUAACGGAACAUGGGUCGGCUACAUGUACCCAGGAUACAGGGGGCGCCAGUUUAUCUUCGAGCGAGGAGAUUUCAAGCACUGGAACGACUGGGAGGCCCCCGCGCCUCAGAUCCAGUCUGUCCGACGUGUGCGGGACAUGCAGUGGCACAAGAGAGGCUGUUUCAUUGUUCCUGACCCAGCUCCGGCCCCCGGGCCUGGGCCUGACCCUGACCCCGCCCCAGCACCUCCUGCCCCUCCCGCCUCAGCUGGAGCCAGCUGAGCAGGAUCCCGCAGGCUGCCGACAGUAGCCACCCAA